AUGGAUGGUGAAACAGAAGAAGAGCUAGCACCAAGAUGUCGUCUCUUUGAUCCUCACGUCCUUUCUCGUCGAGACAAUCCCCGUCCUUCACUAUGCUUUCGAUGUGGACCAAUCGGUGAGAAUGAUGAGGAUCUUGACUGGAAUAAGUGGCACUACUAUUGUGAUGUAUGCAAGAUCGUGCUCCAUGAAUGUUGUUACUUCGCCCCAUAA